AAACCGAAAAUGCAAUUUGUCCCAUUGCGACUUCCGUAUUUUCAGCAAAUCUAAAAUGGCUUCUUGCAUAGACAACGAUUUGGAUCAAAUCCUGCACAAUGAUGUGCCUAAAGCUGCCGUACUGUUCGAUACCCUCACCGAGCAGGUGGCUGCAGUGACGUGUCAUGUACAAGAGCUGCUGUCUAAAGUCAAAGAUGGUAAAUUUAACACAUCGAGGGGUUUGUCGUUUUUGGAUCUUCGCUAUCACCUGCUGAUCUUCUACCUUCAAGAUCUCACUCACCUAAUCAGCAUCAAGACUGAAGGUGGCAAAAUAAAGGAGAGUAACGCCUUAAACCGACUGGUCACCGUCAGGACGGUUCUGGAAAAGAUGCGUCCUCUCGACCACAAACUGAAAUACCAGAUUGAUAAACUGGUGCGCACAGCUGUGACUGGCAGUAUGGCUGAAAACGACCCACUACAGUUUCGUCCUAAUCCGGAGAAUCUCAUGAGCAAACUGAGUGAAUCGGAGUCUGAAACCGAAGGGGAGAACAAGGACUCUGGGAAAAAAGCAGCGAAGCCCACUCACAAGAAAUAUGUGCCACCGAAAAUCUCUGCAGUUCAUUAUGGUGGCGACAUGACAGAAGCAGACCGGCAGAAAGCUCAGGCGGAGCGUCAGCGCCGUGCAGCACUCCGGAGUUCUGUCAUUCAGGAGUUGAGGCAGCAGUACAGCGACGCUCCCGAGGAGAUACGGGAAAGACGCGACUUCCAGAGUGAGCGGGAAAGCCGUGAGGAGCUGCAGAGGAAAAGCUAUGAAGAGUCCAUGAUGGUUCGUCUCAAUGUUACCAAGCGAGAGAAAAACUCCAUGAAGAGGGGAAUGAUGUCCAUGUCUGGUCAGCUGAGUGGCAUCACUCGCUUUGGUGACAUCACAGCGCUGACCGGCGGCGAAGGCGGACAGGACUUUGAUAACCUUCGACCCAAGAAAAAGAAGAAGAUCAUGAAGAAGUCAACUAAAAGAAAAGCCUUCAAGAAGCACAGAUAGAGCAGACUGGAUUUGUCAUUCCAGCAAAUGCAACACAUGAAAUACUUAUGCUGAAGACUGAUUAAUAAAGAACACUUUUUUUCCA